AUGCAAUCUGAGCCAGACUAUUUAGCCCACCAAGAAGUUGUGAAGCCGCAGCUAGCCAGCUGUGUCCUCCACACUGCAACUCCACUUAAGCACCCAGUGUCACUGUCAAGACUGUUCAUCAUGGAAUACACAGUGCCAAAUGGAAGCUAUGGAGCAUCCAUUUCUCCCUCCGGGUACUCCUUGAAAUACAAUACUUCAGUGAACUCGAGGAAUUUGACCUCUCUGGCCACUCUGGCUGAGAUUAUCGAUGAUUGUAACAAAAAUAAAACUAAUGGUAUGCGUGCAUACAUCCAGAUCCUUAACCUCGUAACUGCCCUUCCAGCAAAUGUAGUGCUUCUCUGGCUGCUGUUAAAGAACAGAAAGACUAUGUCACCCUCUGAGGUUUUAGGUCUAAACUUUGCCAUACUUGGUGUGCUGUUUUGCCUCAGUCUGCCAUUGGAUAUUUCUAUGGUAAUUGCCCAGAACCGCUCAGGACUACCCCUGCACAUUGUACAAGCCUUUGCCACCCUCAGUUACUUCGGCUGCCCACUUUUGCUGACCAGUAUGUGCUUGGAGCGCUACGUGGCUGUGACAUACCCUGUGCUCUUCAUGAAGCUGGGGAAACGGGAGUAUCGUGCUGCAUGUUCUGCUAUCAUCUGGUUUCUCACCUGCAUCAUGGCAGCAUUCAUGUUUGUCUACACCAUUGCUAACAUGGCUCUGAUUUUAUCUACCAUUUUGAACGUACUGUUUUUAGUCAUGGUUGCCUGUCUGGUGGGCAUUGUGUGUGUGUUGAGUAAAAAGGGCCCAGGUGAAGGGGGCCAAAAUAAUUCAUCCAUAAAAAAGCAUGCUCUAAAGAAUGUUGUAGCAAUAUUGGUGCCCUCAACUAUAACCUAUUUUCCAAUGCUGGGUCUGGCCCCUUUUCUGCUGAUAAUACAAAUCCUUGAAAUAAAAAGCACAAAUAGGGAUAUCUGUCAGUUUUUGAUGAUGUUUGCUGUUCUCCCCAAUUUUGGAAUUUGCUUGGGGCCCAUGUUCUACAUGGCCCGGGUGAAGCAAAUGUUCUGUAGCAGGAAUAAUGAAUCAGGAGACACAAAAGAGACCACUACAGUCCAGAAAAUGUAA